AUGGACUCGGACCCACCAUUUCACAAGGUCUACAAGUCCUUAUUCGACAACGACAACAGCAAAGACCAAGAUGCGAUGAAGGCAGUCGUCGAGGAAUGCGAGCUCCCUCUGAUUGAUCUGCGGCGACUAGAGCUUGGGGACUCGGAGGGAGAAGAGUGCAAGUCGGAGAUAGCUAGGGCAUCGCAGGAGUGGGGAUUUUUCCAGGUUAUGAACCAUGGGAUUUCAAGCGAGCUUUUGCAGAAGAUGAAGAGUGAGCAAGAGAAGGUGUUCAAGCAAUCGUUUGACAAGAAGAGCCAAGAACAGAAGUACUUUAACUUUUCUGCAGGUACUUACCGUUGGGGAAGUCCUACGGCGACAAGCCUGAGACAGUUAUCAUGGUCUGAAGCUUUUCACAUUCCACUCAACAAGGUUUCUGCCACCACGGCUGCUGGUGUCGACGAUCUCAGCUCAACGAUGGAACAGUUUGCCACAACAGUUUCUAGUCUGGCACUGAAAUUAGCUGAGAUUUUGGCAAAGAAAUUGGGACACAAAUCGACAUUCUUCCACGAAAACUGUUUGCCGAGCACUUGCUAUCUUCGGAUGAACAGAUAUCCACCAUGUCCGAUCCCUUCAGAUGUAUUCGGUUUGAUGCCGCACACUGACAGUGACUUCCUCACUAUAUUGCAUCAAGACCAGGUUGGGGGACUGCAAUUGGUGAAAGAUGAUCGAUGGAUCGCAGUCAAGCCUAAUCCUGAAGCUCUGAUCAUCAACAUUGGGGAUUUAUUUCAGGCAUGGAGCAACAAUGUCUACAAGAGUGUGCAGCAUCGAGUUGUAACAAAUAUGCAAGUUGAACGAUUCUCCACUGCAUACUUCUUUUGUCCAUCUUAUGAAACCAUGAUAGAGAGUUGUUGCGAGCCUUCGGUUUAUAGAAAAUUCAGCUUUGGGGAGUAUCGACAUCAAGUUCAAGAGGAUGUCAAACAAUCGGGUUCUAAAAUAGGCCUUCCUAGGUUUCUAUUGUGUAAUUAUUAG